AUGCCGCUUCGACUGGACAUCAAGAAGAAGCUGUCCGCAAGGAGUGACCGAGUGAAGUGCGUCGACUUUCACCCUUCGGAACCCUGGACAUUGUCAGCACUCUACUCAGGCAACAUCUUCAUCUGGGACUACAACACGCAGACUUUGGUGAAGCAGUUCGAGGUUUGCAACUUGCCAGUGCGAUGUGCCAAAUUUGUGACUCGCAAGCAAUGGAUCGCCACUGCUUCGGAUGACAUGCAUAUACGUGUUUUCAACUACAACAGCCUGGAGAAAGCUCACGAGUUCGAGGCCCACACGGACUACAUUCGGUACAUCGCGGUGCAUCCGACCCUGCCGUAUCUCUUGUCCUGCUCGGAUGACAUGUCCAUCAAGCUCUGGGACUGGGACAAGAAUUGGCAGAACCUUCAGGCCUUUGAGGGGCACGCACACUACGUGAUGAUGUGCCAGUGGAAUCCCAAGGAUGCGAACAUCUUUGCCUCGUGCUCCCUGGACCGGUCAAUCAAGGUCUGGGGUGUGUCCGGAGGAGCAGGUGGAACCAGCAGCUGCCACUUUACCCUCACCGGCCACCAGCGUGGGGUCAACUGCGUGGAGUACUCGCCUGGAGGCGAGAAGCCCUACAUCAUCUCAGGGUCAGAUGAUCGGAGCAUCAAGAUCUGGGACUACCAGACCAAACAGUGCAUACAGACGCUGACCGGGCACACGAACAAUGUAUCUUAUGCGCUGUUCCACCCAGCUUUGCCCAUCAUCCUGACGGGCAGUGAGGACGGUACCGUGAGAAUAUGGCAUGGGUCUACGUAUCGCUUGGAGGCCACGCUAAGCUACUUUUUGGAACGCGUCUGGUCCAUCGCCGUGCUCAAGGGCUCGAACACCGCUGCUCUGGGAUACGAUGAGGGCACUGUCGUGAUCAAGCUUGGAAGCGAGGAGCCAGUCGUGUCCAUGCACUCGGGCAAGAUCAUAUGGGCCAAAGGCAAUGAGAUCCAGACUGCAAACCUCAAGCUGUUGGACGAGGGUGUGACUGCGCGGGAGGGCGAGAAAGUCCCACUGAGCGUGAAGGACAUGGGUGCAGCAGAGGUCUUCCCUCAGUACAUCGCGCACCACCCAAACGGCCGUCUUUUUGCAGUUUGUGGCGAUGGCGAGUUUGUGAUCUACACCGCCCAGGCGCUCCGCAACAAGUCCUACGGUCCUGCACUGGAGUUCUGCUGGGCGCAUUCCGGCGCCUAUGCGACUCGAGAUGGAAACGGCAAGAUCACCGUCUUCCAGGACUUCAAGGAGAGCUUUUCCUUUAAGCCUCCCUUCACCGUAGAAGAGACCUACGGAGGUCGCUUGCUUGGCAUCCGCGGUGGCGAUUUCAUCUGUUUCUAUGACUGGACGGAGUAUCGGCUCAUUCGCCGCAUUGAUGUGGUGCCAAAGGAUGUCGUUUGGUCCGAGGAGGGUACCUCCGUGGUGCUCAUCUGCCCCGACUCUUUUUAUGUGCUCAGACACGACAAAGAUGCCGUGCAAGCGGCCCUGGUCUCCAGUGGAAUGGUGGACGAGGAUGGCAUCGAGGCAGCCUUUGACCUGCAGCAUGAGAUCAACGACAAGGUGGUGAGUGGGCUUUGGGUUGGAGACUGCUUUGUGUAUGUCUCUCAUGCCCAACGAUUGACCUGUCUCGUGGCGGGCUCACAGGAGACUUUGGCACAUUUGGACCGCCUGCAGUACUUGCUGGGAUACAUGCCAGAGCAGUCUAAGCUCUACCUUAUCGACAAGGAGCUUAAUGUGACACCUUACACGCUGCAUAUGGCCCUCAUAGAGUACCAGUCGGCCAUCAUGCGGAAGGACUUUCCCACAGCAGAGACAUUUUUUGCGCAGCUGCCCGAGUCACUGCACAAUCGAAUUGCCCGGUUCUUGGAGAACCAGGGAUACCAGGCCGAGGCUCUUGCGAUCUCCAAGGACGACGAGCAUCGCUUCGAGCUGGCUACACAGCUGGGCAAGCUGCAGAUGGCUGCGGACAUCAUAGUCAGCAUCACGGCCCAGGCCAAUCCUGGAAUGCCGCCUCGUGGCAAGUGGAAGAACCUCGGGGAUGUGGCCCUAGAACAAGGCGACUUCACGUUGGCAAAGCGUUGCUUCAGUGAAGCGAAGGACCUUGGAGCCCUCUUCCUCUUGUACACCUCGGUGGGGGAUGCGGAAGGCGUCCUGUCCACCGGCACAUUGGCCGAGGAGAGCAACAUUAGCAACAUCGCCGUGCUAUGCUACCUGCUGCUGGGAGACACCAAGCGAGCCUUGGAGGUUCUCGUCAGCUCAAACCGCCUGCCCGAGGCAGCGUUUUUCGCCCGGACGUACUGUCCAAGUGAACUAUCUAGAGUUGUGCAGAUUUGGACAGCAGACUUGGCGAAAGUCAACCAGGCUGUAGCCGAAUCCCUAGCGGAUCCUUCCAAGUAUCCGGACCUUUUCCAGGACUUCGACCUUACCCUAGCUGCAGAGAAUGCCUUCGAAGCAAGGAGAAAAAACCCUCCUCCAGCUUCUGCUUAUUCGACAGAGAAAGAAAUUCUUGAGUUGGAUGUCAUGGAGGAGCUCAAGAAGUUGGGUGCCGAAAACUUCCAGAAGAUGCUGACAAAAGGGGGCGGACCAGCAGAUUUUGCACCACCCCCUCGAGUUCAACCGGCGGUGGUACCAGCACCCCAACCGGAUCUCAUUGUGCACGAGCCCGAGCCAGCGCCUGUCAUGGCUGCUCCGGUUCCUGCACAGUCAGCACCGGAGACCAUAGUUGAGUCCUCUUCUCCUGAACUGCUGGUGCCAGAUGCAGCUGUGCCACCACCAGAAUCUGCAGGUGGGGAGGCCCCGGCACCCGAGCAGAGCGGCGGCGGAGCGGCGGAAAUGCCUGCACGAGCUCCGUCCCAGAAGGCACCAGCGCAGGCUCCUCCGCUGGUUCCCGCCGGCAAAGGAGCUUCCAAAGGCAGGAUAAGACACGGCAAAGGCGGUCGGAAAGGCGUCGGCAAAGGUAAAGGCAAGCAAGCCGGCAAGCACAAGGGCAAGAUGCCUUUGGCGAGCCCUGCUCCUGUACCCGCAGGACGACAGCUGAGAAUUUGGACGGGCGUGGUGCCUGCCAGAUUCAAGGUUGAUUCUGAGGCAGUCGUGCCGCAGAAGCUCAUGACAGCGACGCCAAAGAUGCGAAGUAUGGCGAGAAAGCAGAUGCUGCUCAAAUCGAGCUCGAAGGCGGCCUCCAUAGCAGUGGCGAGAAGCCUGCUUCCUCGAGCGGCGAUGUCCAAAGCCGCCGCGAAAGCUCCCGGGAAGUUCAUGCUGGUCCCGGCCAGGAUCGUGGCAAAGCCAGGCCGUCUCGCCGCUGCGAUGUCAAAGGCCUCUUCCCAGGCGACGUCAAAAGCGGCCGGUAAGCUUGCCAAGGCCUACCCGAAAGGCCUGGCCGCAGCACAGCCAAAGGUGCCGGGCGCCGGACGCCGUGUUGUGAAAGGCUUUUCGAAGGCAGCUUCGGCGGCACGGUCUGGAAAGGUAACCAUGUUUGCCGGGAAGGCCUUCGCUCUUCCUCCAUGGAGGGGUGGGGCCAAAAAAGUUGCCGCGAAGGUCAAGGCAUUUGGGUUCGAGAUGAGGGAUCCCACCUCUGCCUUCGUUGCGAAUGUGUGCAUGAAAUCUUUAGAGUCAGAUGGUGCUGCGGAGAUAUCUCCGCUUGUCCGUGAACUUUGUGCGUUUUUGGUGCGAGCCUCGGGACUACAGUCCAGUCUUGAAGCGUUCAUGAUUGAGCAGUGCGAAGAAUUCCAAGAUGCUAGCCUUACUGGAGAGCAGAAGCUGCAUUGGACAGAUCUACACAAGAGAUAUGUUGAGCUGGCUGAAGAGCAACUAGAUGAAUUUCUCCGGGAACGUGAAGCCACUGCAGACGAGUUGGCACAGACCUUGCAGGCAUCGCUUGGCAAGUCGAUGUGGUCUUUGCCGCUCCUGCAGAGCCUGGAGUACACAGCUUUCGCUGCACAGAUGAUUGCCCUAUCCUCCGGACCACAGCUAAGAGCUGAGGCUGCUGCCUCCUCGGGUUUGCUUGGUGGAGUCUGGAAGCCAGAAAAGCCUGAUCCACGGAGCCUGGAGCGAUUUCUGAAAGCUCAGGGAGUGCCAUGGAUUCUGCGCCGCCUGCACGUCUUUGCCACGAUCCGAGAGAUCUGUGUGGUGGAGAUGCCUGGCACGGUGCCGAUCUUUACGAUUUGGGAGUCUCGGAACCAUGGCUUUGGCGUGUGCAUGAGCCAGGUGAUUGCCGAUUCUGUUGAGCGUAAUGAUGGUUGCUUGAACACCAGAGCGUGGUUAGAGGAUUCGGACUUGCACGUCGUGCAAAGCCCAGACGGCACAACUGGAGUCGAAACCACAUAUACUGUCUUGAAUGAUGGGAAGUCCUUGCACAUUCGACGGGAGCUAUGGGGCCCAAGCCGCGACAAUCAGAGCUGCGUCUUCGCACAGGAAUUCCUCAAAUGCGAGCCUGGUAAUAGUUUGAGCGAGGACAGUCAUGCCUUCCAGAACGGUCUGAAAGUGGAUCGUGAGAAGGCCAGCCCAGAGCGGGCUAAUGCAGAGUCCCAGCACGUACCGGCUCCGGCAGAAUCGCCUCCUGCCCGGCAGAGUCCUUAUGCGAAGGCCAAGCCGAGCGACGAGGACGACUACGAUCCGUUCUCGGAGGAGCCUGCUCCGCACGUUGCAAUGGAGAAGGAGUUUCGGAAGGCCGCGCGCCGAGCGGCGGCUGCGGCCGGCAAGCUUGACUCGGUGGAGUGGCGGCCGCAGGGAGAUCCCAUCCUCGGGGUGGUCAGGCCACCGCCGAGGCGUCAGGGCUCGAACGGCGUGGCGCCCGCACAAGCCAAGCGCCGCGCCGUGCCGCGCACUGCCAUCGCCUGGCUGAGACGGCUCAGUGUGCAGAACGAAGGCCAGGGCUAG